UCUAGGACGCUGGAGCCAUUGUGCUUCUAUUCUGAUGAUACAUAACGAUGGAUGUAAUAAGUAUAAAUGCGAGAAAUGCGACACAGCAUUGCGGGAGAGAAAUCUAUCCAAGUUGAAACAUAAAUAGAGAUUGAUCGAGUGUGUGCAAAAUAGUAGAAUUUUUUUUAUUCCAUGUUUAUUCGACGGUUUGUACGCAGACGUACUAGAGUGCCUGUUGGAUUAUUCGACAUUUUAAAACUAAUUCUGUAAUAAUAUUGCAUCACUACGUGAAGUAUUGCAUAUACAUUCGCUCUUUAAACAUUCUACGAUAUUAUGAGGCCCGGUCAGAGACGACAACAGGGUCUGCAAUACGGCAUUUAUUUGCUGUUGAUGCAGACUGUAAAUAUUGGCAUCGACAAAAUACCACCUGCUACUUUGAUUGGAGUCAUUCUACAGACUUUGCUGUACGUCGGAUUGAUCCAAGUGCCAUGGAACGCGGAAGAAGUAUGCAUAUCGGCUGUGAAAAUACUUAAAUAUAAAAACUGGCGGUCAUUUUUCCUCUCAAACUUCGAGCAUGGAUCCGACAUGCAUUUGUACUAUAACAUGAUUUCUUUCAUUCUGAAGGGCUCCUAUUUGGAGCCUAUCUAUGGAACGAUCAACUUUGUGUUUUUACUCUUUGUGUUAUCAACCGGCUGUAGUGCAAUGUACGUCUUUUUGGGAUACAUGUUGACUCAAUUGACAGGGGACUACGGAUAUUACACGACCUGCGCUAUCGGUUUCUCAGCAACGUUAUUUGCAUUGAAAGUGAUCGCUCUGUGCGAAGAACGCGAUAGAUUACACAACAUCAAUGGAUUCCACGUACAGAGCAAAUUAGCCGUGUGGGUCGAGCUGAUUUUGAUACAUCUGUUAGUUCCAAAUUCCUCAUUCGUGGGCCACUUGGGAGGAAUUUUAGUUGGAUGUUUGUAUUCUUAUACGUUUGUCGGUGAGAUGGUUGACAACAUGAUACAUAUGAUAACCGGCAAACCUAUUAUACACGAGGAACAAUUUUACAGAAGUCGAAACACACUGUUCACUUAACGCAUACACAUUUCAU